UCGCCUCCCUCGCUGUUGAACUGAUUGUAAAGAGCGGAGUUCGUGGCAGAAGUCAAACUGGUCUAGGACGCCGAGGAAAGCCACAGGACCACAUUCCCAUUGAACUGGAGCAGACAGUAGUCGUGAACGACGGAGCCUGGACCGCGUGGUGAAGAGAUCUUGAAAGCCAGAGUUACGGGGUUAACAUACCAGUGGAAAUCCAUCCUUACCAGUGUUCUAGAACCAUGAGCAGUAACUACAGUGUGUCCCUGCUUGGCCCGGCCCCAUGGGGCUUCAGACUGCAGGGUGGAAAAGACUUCAACAUGCCACUCACCAUCUCCAGGCUCACGGAGCUGGGAAAGGCAGCCAAGGCACGUAUCGCAGUGGGUGAUGUGGUCCUGUCUAUUGAUGGCAUCAGUACUGAUGGAAUGAACCACCUGGAAGCUCAGAACAAGAUCAAGGCCUGCGCUGGCAACCUCAACCUCACCCUGCAAAGAGCCUCCACCGUCCCAAAACCUCCCGUGGCUCCGAAGCCAGCAAAUCCUGUGACAAAUGGACCACACAGCAUUCUGAAGACAACUCCACCUAAAAGGGUUCCUAGGAAGCCCAUUCUGGAGACAGACAUUGAGUUCUACCACGUGCCUUCUCAUGGAGACGCCAGCAAGAAGCGCCUGAUGGAAGACACAGAGGACUGGCGUCCCCGCAGUGGCACCACCCAGUCCCGCUCCUUCCGGAUCCUGGCCCAGAUUACUGGCACUGAACACCAGCAAGCACAGGAGAGCGAUGCGGAGAACAAGACAAACAGUUCCAUUUUGACACCACUAGAGGGCGAUGGUGUCCUAGGAGAGAUUCAAGCCAUUGGGUCGGAUUGGGAAGCUAGUGAUGUCCAUCACAAUGACGACUCCUCUGCUACAGACCAAAUACAUACGGCUCCUCUCUCACCUAUUCACAGCUCCUCUCCAGUACAGCCACUGACACAUCUUUCUCCUGUGUCUGCAGUACAGCCACUACUCUCCCCAAAGUCAGUGAGGUACGGGAAUCAUACCAAUCUACUCUAUCCCAGUGUCCUUAUCAGUGUAAAGUCUGCUGCCCCCUUUCCUGUGUUCUAUGGGUGCAGGCGAGAGCUCCUGUUGAACCCACUGGAGUUCCUCCCUCGAGGUGGUCCCUGCCCACCGGCCCUCACCCCUAGUGCACCGACUCUGGCUAUACGGUCCCAUUCUACUGUUAUUGGUUUACAGGCCAGAACCCCACACAGGUCACCUGAGGGGACGGUCUCUCAGUCCCUAUUGGAUGCCUUGCUCAUUACGCCUAUCACCACCCUCCCGCCCCUCCGCUUGAGGAAGAAGAAGCGUCGGAGUGUUAGUGCCUUACACCUGCCCAACAACAAGAGAGUCUCCUGGCACCAAUCAGUCACUGAUCUGGGUGACCCCAACCUCUCCUCUCCUGUCAAUGCUGUCUAUAUCUUUAGUGAGGAGGUGGAGGAGCCAGACACCAGUUCUCACAUGUUGUCUGCAGUCAAGACCAUGACCAAAGGACCUGCUGGCAGCCCCAGCAACUCCAUCACCUUUACCACCACUCAGGGUUCAGGUUUCCCUAAACCAGGCCUUCAGACAUGUUUUGGGGUGAGGGGGAACGGCACCACCAAUGUUCUCCCUAAGGGCCCUGUCCCAGAGAGGCCGGCCCCCCAGCCCCAUCCCAAAGACCAGGACACUCUGGUGCAGAUGGCCGAACACAUUCCUGCAGGGACACGCACACCCAUGUGUGGCCACUGCAACAUGGACAUCAGAGGCCCAUUCCUGGUGGCCAUGGGAAAGUCCUGGCACCCCGAGGAGUUUAACUGCGCCCACUGCCGGACCUCCCUGGCAGACAUUGGCUUCGUGGAGGAGCAAGGCUCGGUCUACUGUGAACACUGCUACGAGGACUUCUUCGCACCUUCCUGUAGCCGCUGUCAGAUGAAGAUCCUGGGGGAAGUGAUCAAUGCCCUGAAACAGACCUGGCACAUCCAUUGUUUCCUGUGUGCAUCGUGCCAGCAGCCCAUUAGGAACAACACCUUUCACCUGGAGGAUGGAGAGCCCUACUGUGAAAGAGACUAUUACUCCCUUUUUGGUACCGGUUGCCAUGGUUGCGAGUUCCCCAUAGAGGCAGGGGACAAGUUCUUGGAGGCUUUGGGCUUCACCUGGCAUGACACCUGUUUUGUGUGUGUGAUCUGCUGCACCACUCUGGAAGGUCAAGCCUUCUUCUCCAAAAUGGACAAGCCUCUGUGCAGGAAACAUGCACAUAGUGUGGUGAAAAUCUGAGCAAGGACAGGAGCAGAUGACGAGAGGAGAGCUGGAGGAAGAAGGAGCAGAUGGCGAGAGGAGAGCUGGAGGAAGAAGGAGCAGAUGGCGAGAGGAGAGCUGGAGGAAGAAGGAGCAGAUGGCGAGAGGAGAGCUGGAGGAAGCAGGCUUGGCUAGACGGGGAACUUAUGUUAUGACUGUUGAUGGUAUUUGGAUUAUCCCCAGAACUAAACACCUCAGUCAGGGAAAGUCCAGAAGAUCAGAGGGAUCUCCAUGGAUACAUCCCAAACGGUACCCUAUUCCCUAGGUAGUGCACUACUCUUGACCAGAGCAUGGUUGUAUCCAUGGAGAUCACUCUGAUCUUCUGGACUUUAUCUAACUGAGGUGUUUAGUUCUGGCGAUGAGGUGUUGUUUCCUGCUAUGUGUCAAGUAUGAUAGGGAAUAUGUAGUCAUAAUAAUCAUAUGUUGGGUGCUUAUAUUCCUAUUUCUAUUGUCUAUAAAUCUAUCCAUGUAUACUCACCCCCCCCCUUCAUAGGAGUAUUGUGCCAUUCUACCAUUCUUCUGUAUGCUGUAAUGAGCAAGAUGCCUCUCGUAAUGAGACUAGACUAAAACGAUACGUUUGUUUUGUUUUGAACGGCCAGAAUCAACGAUGUGUAUAUUUGACAUGUACAUCUCAAAGAAUACAGAGUUUUGAAAAGCGGUAGAGGGGAUAUCGUUAAAGCUAAACCAUGCUCAUGCCCAUGGUGCAUUCAACUGUUAGAAUUGGUCCCAGUUGAAAAAAUAAAUACAUGGAAUUUUCCUCCCCCCCCAAAAAAACAUCUGCUUUUAGAUGUGGUGGUUUGACUGUUUGAUAUCAUUUCUACCAACGUGAUAGAAUCUACAUUCAACUUAUUGUAUUACCGUUUCCAAAAGCCAAGUUGUUGUUGUUGUAGGCUACCCAUCAUACUGUACAUGAAGGGAUUUGAGAAAUAAUGAUUGUAAAAGAAGUAUAUUUUUGAAGGGCUGUUUGUAGCCUGAGUUCCAGUCUGUUUCUGCUAUCAUGCCAACUCCUUGUAACUCAUUGUCAUGUCAUGUCUCCCUUGACAAUAUAAUUGGCAAGAGCAAAAAAAAAACAGGCUAGCUGUUUCAUUGCCCUCGGAAAAUGGCUACACUGAGAGGAUGAGAGAGAACUGAAGAGUGAGGGGACAAAUCAAGACAUUUAUCUUAGUCUGUUUUUCCCUGAAGUCUCUUGCAGUGGAGGCUGCUGGGGGGGAGGACGGCUCAUAAUAAUGUCUGGAACGGAGUGAAUGGAAUGGAAUCAAACACAUGGAAACCACGGAAACCACGUGUUUGAUGUUGUUAUUACCUUUCCACCUAUUCCGCUCCAGCUAUUACCACGAGCCCAUCCUCAUCCAAUUAAAGUGCCACCAACCUCCUGUGGCCUCUUGGUAUUAAUCUAACUUCACUAUCACUCCGUCUCAACAUAAUUAAUAAUUGAAUCUUGUUGUUGUUGAUAUGGAUGAACGGUACAGAGGACAAGGAGUAAACCAAGUCACAUAAACCAAGUCAUUCUAUGGUGAUUAAAAAAAACAAAGUUUAUUUAGCUCUUGAUUUAUUAUAUAUCUUCUAUUUCACAGUUUGCUGUUAUUAAAAUGUCAGUCCAAAAGGUUAUAGUUGACUAUAGGUCUUGGUCCAUACUGUAAUUCUCACAUCCUGAAAUCCUGUCAUUGGUAAUGGAGUGUAACAACCCCCUUCUCUUUUGACCUCAGCGGUCUCAAUUAGCAUUGGAUUGAACUGUAUGGCCUGUCAUAUGGCAUACGUCACUGUUACAUGAAUGACUUAGCACCGCACAUCUUCUAACACUGGUUCUCACAGGGUUUAACGUUCACAUCGAGUGGCCUGUGUCGUGGAUACUGGCAGACACAACCUACUGUAGGCUACCGGAGUCGGCAUGUGUUAAAACCCAAGCCGCUGCCUUUCUGCCUCGCCAUCCGUACUUCAUUUCCUGUCUGUUCUUCACUAGUCUAUCUCAAUCAAAUUAUUUAAAAAAAUGAACUAAGGUAACUAAAAAAUAAGGUAAAUAACAUUCUAAUUAGGUUGUUACCCUUUUUGUGAAAAUCACAUGAGGAGGAUUACUGGUCCUGUCUUUGCAAAUCCUAUUGGUUAUCUUAACAUAUCAAUUAAGACCAUAUAUUUUAAUUAGAUUGAUGUGAAAAUAUUCCUGUAAAAGCAUAUUUAAAGGUGCAAUACGCACCUUUAAAUAUGCAAUUCCUGGUUGCAAAAAUGAUAAUAGUUCACCUAUGUGACAAAACAAGGUAUCAUAGUGUAGCGAGUCAUUGUACCAUCUAAACUGCUGUGAAAUAUAUUUUCUAUCACCAAACAGAGUGUAUUUUCUGCUGUUUGAAGCUGGUGUACAAAACUGAAAGUCAAAGAAGCAAAAAAAAAAAAAACAUAAGAAUGGUAAGCAUAGAAAUAGCGCACAUAGAAAACAUCCAACGCUUCUUAGACUUGUUUUCAAUGAGAAUGACAGAUCUAUAACUCACAUGUCUUUGUGAAUUUGGUUGGGUUGCCCCCCCAAAAAGGACAUAAUGCAUCUUUAAAAGCAUAGUGUAGUGGAAUCAUCUUCCUGUUCAUUGUUUUAACAAGAGUCAUGUAAUCACCACCAUGGCCUUCAAUGGGUUGUAUGUAUGUCUUCUGAAUAAAGAGAACCACAUAAUUCAAUGCAUAAUGAUGUAAUCUAAAUGAAAAAAAUAAACCCCCCCCUGAAAUUUGA